GGUUGCCACCGACUUGAGCUUCUAGGGACCUUUCUCUCUGCCAGUAAGCAUUUUGAUAUUAAUCAGAAAUACCUUUAGAAGAUUCUAGAAGCUGCGGAGGUGAAGUAAAUCUGUGAAGGACCAGCAUGGGAAUCUUAUACUCCGAGCCCAUCUGCCAGGCAGCUUACCAGAAUGACUUAGGUCAAGUGUGGCGGUGGGUGAAGGAAGACAGCAACUGUAUCAACGUUCAAGAUGGCUUUAACGGAGACACUCCCCUGAUCUGUGCUUGCAGGCGAGGGCACCUGAGAAUCAUUUCCUUCCUUUUAAGAAGAAAUGCUGCUGUGAAUCUCAAAAACAAGAAAGGGAGAACCUGCUUGCAUUAUGCUGUGAAGAAAAAAUUUACCUUCUUUGAUUAUCUACUCAUUAUCCUGUUGAUGCCUGUCCUGCUUAUUGGGUAUUUCCUUAUGGUAUCAAAGACAAAGCAGAAUGAGACUCUUGUCCGAAUGCUACUUGAUGCUGGCGUCGAAGUUAAUGCUACAGACUGUUAUGGCUGCACUGCGCUACACUACGCCUGCGAAAUGAAAAACCAGACUCUCAUCCCCCUGCUCCUUGAGGCCCAUGCAGACCCCACGAUAAGAAAUAAGCAUGGUGAGAGUUCCCUGGACAUUGCACGGAGAUUAAAAUUUUCCCAGAUUGAAUUAAUGCUAAGGAAGGCAUCAUAA